CAAAAUGAAAGCAACUACAUAAGACUUAGAUAUCAUAAGACUUUUGAGUAGCAAAGAGUGGUAGGCUGCUUAUAAGAAUUUUGUUUACUAAUUUUCAUCUCAAUUUUAAGACAAUUAGUAGAAUUUGAAUUAGCAAUAAGAAUUGCAUAAAGUAAAUCAAAAUUUAAAAUUAUCUAAAGAAAUUUCAAGAGUCUUUGUAACCAAUUACGAUUAAAUAUAUAUCAAAUGAGUCUUAGGAAAAGUAUAAGAAAGUAUUUGAUAUUAAAACUAUUGUAGAAUAUUAAAGAAUUGUUGAAAAAUUAUGCUUAGGACACCAUCAUCCAAUAUAUCUGUUUAUUUGAUUUUCAAUUAUUUCAAACAGAGAUGAUUUCACAAAACUAACUUCUUGAUUUGAUUGCCUUAGAAUUGAUUAGAAAGGAAGCAAAGUAAGAUUAAUAAGAAAGCAGUUCAGAUGAUGAGGAAGCUGAGAAGGAAUACUUUGAAAAAUCAAGAGAGUAAACAAAAUAGCAGAUUGAAGGAACUGCGAAUAUUGAGGAGGAAAAGAAAAAAUUAGAGAAAACUAUUAGAGAAACCAUUGCAAAUUUCAAUUUACCAGAAGUCAUAAAAUAGCCAGAAAUCGAAGUUGAUUAAUAUGGAUUCAACCAAGGAGUUGUAGAAAAAGAAGAUGAUAUAUUAAAAAAGAGUAUUAAAUUAAGAACUUUAAAGCUAAAGUAAACAAUCCCAAAGAAAGAGAUAAAACUAACUGCAGAAUAAUUAAAAAAGAGAAGAUUACAAAUAGAAUUAGUUAAAAAAGCAAUUAAGGAUGAAUGA